AUGAUCGCGGUUUUGGUGCUGCUGUGUCAGCUGCACGGGACGGGGUUCGCCUUUCCUCACUGCGCUGGGAGGUUAGGUAACUUGAAACAGCCUGAAUGGAGAGAUGUGUUCGCAUCUGCAAGGGAAGCCAAUUUAUUCAUUGGACGACAUCUUCUGAACAACAGAUUUGAUUUUGAAGCAUUCACAGAUGAUAACCUGGAAAGGGAGUGCUUUGAAGAAGUGUGCAAUUAUGAAGAAGCAAGAGAAUUUUUUGAAGACCCUGAUAAAACGAUGGAUUUUUGGAAAGACUAUUCAACUAAAGGCCCUAAAAUAAAAAUAGGUGAUGAGGCACUACAAAAGAUUAACGUCACGGGGUUGCUCAUCAGCCUGGUUGCUGCUGGAGUACUGCUGGUUAUAAUAGCACUGAUUAUCUUCUACUGCUGCAAGAGCAGAUGCAAAUCAAGGCAGCCACCAGGGUACUUGGAUUAUGUGAGAAGCAGAAGACGCAAUUCAGCCAACAUCUUCAGGAGGCAUGAGGAGUUUUCUUUGAACCCCCUUCCUGUCAGAGCUGAUGACUCAGGACUGCCCAGUUAUGAGCAAGCAGUCACUUCAGAUGGACAGCACAAUGUGCCCCCACCCCCUUAUCCAGGGCCCCCCAGGGAUGCACGGCUGUUCACCAAGUCCAUGUCUCUUCCUGGCCCCUAGGCACAAACCUCCUGCUGGGGUGAGGGGGGGAAUUACUGGAACAUAACAUACUUUUGGAAAAGUGUGGGCUACCUUGCAUAUUGCAAGAUGAUUUACAGAAAUGUGAAAGAUCUUUUGGAUAACUAGGAAUGAGUGGAGUUCCCAUUUGGGAAAAGAGGUCACCUGUUGCAAAGGCUGCAGGAGUGUUCUUUGCACAAAGUCGCUGUGCUAAGGGGAGAGAAUGCAUAAAGAGCAAGUCUUGUACUGCUGCCCUCUUCCAUAUGAGCCAUCCCAUCAAACUGUUGAUAUUUCAUCAAUAGUUUCAUUUUAUUUUUCUUCAGAAAGAACAGUAUUUUAAUUGCUCAUAUUGACACUAACCAAUUUUUGUGACUUCAUACUUCAAACCACCAUAAGAACUCUACUUUGUUGUUUGACAUA